CAGGUUUUUCAGAUCUAAAUCUAAUGGUCUUGUGUCCUUUCACAGGAAUAAAUUUCAGCACUCCUUCCACAGCAUGGUUUCAGGGAACAUUUUUCCUGAUGUUUUCGUUGUGGGAUCCCUUAUCUUCCUUGAGGUCUUCUCUCUCUAAAUUUCCAAGGUAACUCUUGAUACCAGGAGGCCAUAAAUGAUUACCAAGCAGCCCCAGCUUAAAGUCCUUUAACCCCAAAAAGUAAAGUCUCCUUCCUUUCAUGCUGCAAUAUUCUGCCUGAAUGCAACAACAGUAAACCCAAAGUAAAGAGAUACUUCAGACAAACAAAUCCAAGUACUUAGCCUGGGCAGAAUCUGAAGCUGGGCCCAAAAUAGAACUCAGAUGGCAGCAUGUGAUUGCUCACUCACCCCUGUCCCAAAGACCCAGCACUGUCAGGACCCGGUAGCAGCUGCUCCCAAAAAUAGACGGGAAGGAGAAGCAAUCCCAGUCUGAGCAACACUACGGAGCGAUCCCUGACAUACUGGUGAGCGCCCUGAGGUGUCAUGAAGUCUCUGAGGUUUGCGAGUGCAGAAGCCCUAGUGUCCAAUGCCCAGGUGACCAGGGAGAAUCUCCCAAAUGUGGCCUACAACCUCUACCCCCUCCUGUUUAAAGCCAGCUAUUUGCUGGAGCAAGGAGAAGUGAUUCACGACCUGUUGGAAAACUGGCCACUAGCAGAAUUCAACCUUGGAAACCUGUUGGGACCGACGGCAGACUGCCCAGAAGAUCUCAGCACUCGGGCCUGCAAGAUCUGCCUGGAAGCCUGUCUGGUGGGGCUUAAAGACUAUGUGCUGAAUGAUUCCCCAACUUACACCAAAAGGCUGAGAACGGCCAAUCUCACGGGCAUCCAGGAUGUGGAAGUUCAGCUGUGCAAGUGCCAGACCUCCCUGGGGCGAUGGGGCCGGACGGGCCUCCUAGCCAGACUCUGCUUCGAUCUGCUGGUGGAGCUGCAGAGGCGACCCUUCAACCCCAGCAUCUUGGACAUGGGGAUCGACGUCUUCAUCAACUUCUUUGUCACGGAGGGCAACUAUGAGUGUGCCCUGCAAGCCCUGAUGGUGAGGUGCCAUUCCCCGCUGAAGGUGCGCUGUGUGGCCUUCCGCGCUGACAGCCUGGGCCUGAAGAAGCUCUUCUACAUGCUGCGCCUGGUGGAGCCCGACUCCCUGGAGAAGCUGGAGAUCGUCCACAACGUGCACAUGGAGAUGGAGCACCUACAGGUGUUACUCAACCACUUGGACUUUCCCCGCCUGGUCUCACUCACCCUGCCUGCCAGAGCCUUCAACGUGCGCCGGCUCCAGGGAGAAGAUGAGUCCCUCCUCACCACCAUCGGGGAGAAGCUGAGCCGCAUGUCCCAGCUCACCGAGCUGAGCCUGGCCUUUUCCAUCCUGACCGGGAGAACUCGGAAGCUGCUCAGUCCUUUGAGAACUCCCCUGAAAACUCUGGACUUGUCUAACUGCUCCCUGAACUAUGCAGAUAUGGCCUACUUAGCAAAUUGCCUCCAUGCUCCUCAUCUGGAGGUACUUGAUCUCAGUGGACAUAAUGUGGUCAAUCUCUACCCAUCAACAUUCUUCAAACUGCUCAGCCAAGCUUCCUGUACUCUGAGGAUCCUGACCUUGGAAGAAUGCAACAUUGAGGAUCGAAAUCUUAACAUGAUGAUCGUAGGCUUGACUCCCUGCCGGAAACUCCAAGUCUUCAAAUUUCUUGGGAACCCACUUUCCUCACAAGCACUGAAAUGUCUGUUCAAUGUUUUUUGUCAGCUCCCCAAGAUGAAAUACAUUGAGUUCCCAGUCCCAAGGGACUGCUAUCCAGACGGUGUAAAUUAUCCAUUAGAUGAUGCUACCCUCUCCAAAUAUGAUCACCAGAAAUAUGAGAAGACUAGAGAAGAACUUCAUACAAUCCUACUUCAAGCUAAUCGGGAAGAUAUCAAGGCUUCCACACCUCUCUUUGGAAGCUAUGACCCAGACAUUCAAGAAACAAGCAAUGAGCUUGGAGCCUUUUUGCUUCAAUCUUUCAGAGAUGCUUUAGAAAACUUUACCACAGCACUAAAAAAAAUGAAUUAAGUGCUUUAAAAGAAGUCCAUGAAACUACAUCACAAUGAGAUGCUCUUGCAUCAAUUUUCCUUUUCCCUCUGGAGAUCUGUCUUGGGUUGGGGAUGGAACCAAGAUGAAGCAUAAUUAUCAUUCUCAUGACUACCAUCACCACCACCACCACUACCACCAUCAUCAAGCAUUCAUUAGACGCCUGUUUAUACAGGGCAUUGGGAUGGGCACAGUUCAAAACAGAAUACCUAGUCCUGUUCCUGCCCUCUUGGAGUUCACACUUGAAAUACACCUGAAUGCUAUUCUUUUAGUCUUCAUAGUCGGUUCUGAGAGUCUGAGUAGAAGUUAACAGGAAGAAGGGAAAAUCCCUGAGAUCUUCACAGAAGUUGCAUCAGCCAUCCAGCACGGUCUGAAGAAAAGAUAUUAUGGUCAGGCAACCUGCUUUGGAGGACUGCUAUAGACCAAGCAAAUCUCCUUGGUCCUGGGUGUGGAAAAGACCAUACCAUAGCAGUGGGGAAAGGCACUGGGUGAUUGGAAGAGGAUGCCAAUUGUAGCUACCCAAAGUGUAGCAAGCCAACAGGGAUGUAAUAAAGAUAGGGUAAGAAAGAAAUGAAUGAUAAAAAAUUACGGAGACAGAGCUACAAGAAAACACAAAGAGUAAGUGAGUUGGUCACUAAGUUAAUGAACUUAACAAAGAAAUAGAAAGAAGAAAGAUGAGAAAAGCAAACCAGACUUUCAUUCUUAUCAAUAAAUUCUCUAUGGUACUGGUUUUCAAGAUAUGAUCUGUAAAAGUUUGCAAGUCCUCCAAAUGGUUCACAAGUAUUUUUUUUUUUUUUCAGAACUCAUGCAGUACUUUUGCAGUAUGAUUUGACAGUGUUUCUACUUUUAUUUCUGAUCUGAAUUAAUAAUCUAUUAACGCUGUCACUCAUUGUUCUCUUAAAACCCAGUGGCAAGGUUUUGUUUUUGUUUGUUUGUUUGUUUUGGUUUUGCAGUGAUUAGAAACAGUAUUAAAAUCAGUAGUUCAAAGAGAAGCCAUAAUAAGGAAGAAUUUUAUUCAACUUAAGGAAAAAUUGCUCUACCAUUAGAAUCAUUUAAUCCUGAAAAUAGGCUACCUUGUUGGGGGAAAGAGAGUGUUAGUAGGUUUCUCUCAGAGAAAGUCUUCAAACAUAAAUGACCAUUUCUCAGGGAUAUUAUAGAGAGGAUUCAUGGUCAAAAAGAGGUUAGACUAGAUGGCCUCUGUGAUCCCUUUCUCCCCUGAGAUUCUGAAACUCUGAGAGAUACUUCUUUUGUCGGCAAGACUUGUAAAUACUCAAGGGAUCUAAAACUGAUGGUUGAGAGCCACACCUUAAAGAUUGAGACCUUCCUUGAAUUUUAGAACUUCAGAAAAUCCCUUUCAUAUGAACAUUUCUAGAACUUACUUUAAAAACCCUAAAUUCUUUAGCAGUUUGGUCCCAGUCUGGAAGAUUGUAAUCAGUAGACCCAACCCAUUCAUCAUUACCAGGAAUCACCACCUACCUAGUUUCUAGUUCAAUUAUUUGUUAUAAGUGCUUAGAUUUUUCAAUAUUUUGGGCACAUGAAAAACAGUCUGUUGAGACCAAGUAUAGUGUAUCCAUGGUAUAUUAUUUAGAUCAGGGGUCUUCAAACUACAGCCCGCAGGCCAGAUGCUUCAGC